AUGUUUUCUUCACUACCGGACGAAAUCAUUGAAAACAUUCUUGCCCGUAUCUCGAGAUGGAAUUACCCAUCGCUCUCUCUCGUCUCAAAGAGAUUCCACUCUCUCUUAUCAUCUAUGGAUAUCUACAAGGCGCGAUCUCAAAGAGGAUCCAAUGAAACAUGCCUCUAUAUCUGGUUAAAGUUGCCCGGUCACCCAUGUGCGAGCUGGUUUAGCCUUCGGCCGAAACCUAAUAAUCAAAAGCGAACAAAACGGAGAGGUAUGAUUAGGCUUAAGCGGGACUCGAGUGGAUUUUCGGUUGUUCCUAUACCUUUCUCUUCCACCGAUUCUUUUCCCGAACUACAUAACAUCACAACGGUUGGUUCGGACAUCUACAUAAUCGGUGGACCCUACAAGGAACCGUCUUCCUCUGUUCGGAUCUUUGAUUGUCGAAGCCACACUUGGCGUGAUGCCCCUAACAUGACCGUGGCACGGGAGGAUGCGCAGACAGUUUUACUCGAUGAGAAGAUAUAUGUGAUGGGAGGUUGCGAUAUUGACAAGUACAAUGCCAACUGGAUUGAGAAACUUGUAAAAGAGAUAUCGAGUUUCCUAUCCGAUGAUUCCGUUGAGGCUUGGAGUGAGAUUGGGAAGAUUGAGGGUAGAGAGUGGAGAGAGAUCAAGGGUUUGGAGAAACUACGUGAGCAUCCUACAAGAUGUUUAGAAAAUGGGAGUGACUUUGGACUGGUGGCCAACUUUUACUUACACAUCCCAGUUUUAGCCACAAACACAAACGAUUCAAUGGACGUGAGGUGUGGGGAAAAGUUGAGUGUGUUGAUGUCCUUACCUUUCCUGUCGAAUCAUAUGAAAGAUUUGGUUGUGUUGUUGCGUCAGUUUGAUGUCUCUUAG